AUUUUUCUUUGAUUUUAACACCACUUUGGUUGGAGCUGGAAUGCUUGUUUCUCAUCUAGUGAACUUGUCUUUGCUUCUUGGAGCUGUGCUCUCGUAUGGGGUUAUGUGGCCACUUAUUGGUCAACGUAAGGGAGACUGGUUUCCAGCUUCUUUAGAAGAAACUAGCAUGAAGAGUUUGUAUGGUUACAAGGUUUUCUUAGCAGUUGCUCUCAUCCUAGGGGAUGGGCUCUACAGUUUUGUUAAGAUAAUGGGUAUUACGAUGAUCAAUAUUCAUGGCAGGUUAAGGAAUAAGAACCUCAAUACAGCUGUAGAUCAUCAGAAGAAGGACCUUGAUGAUCAAAAACUAAAUGAAUUGUUCCUCAGAGAGACAAUACCUUUGUGGCUAGGAGUCAUUGGAUACGUAGUCUUCUCUAUAAUGUCAGUAAUCGCGGUGCCAAUCAUAUUCCCAGAGCUUAAGUGGUAUUAUGUUGUUGUCGCUUAUGCGCUUGCUCCAUCUUUGGCAUUUUGCAAUGCCUAUGGAGCUGGUCUAACCGAUAUAAACAUGGCGUAUAAUUAUGGGAAAGUUGCGCUCUUUGUGCUAGCAGCGUUAUCCGGGAGAGAAAAUGGAGUGGUGGCAGCACUUGCUGGUUGUGGCCUUAUUAAAUCUGUUGUGUCUGUUGCUUGCAUCCUGAUGCAGGAUUUCAAAACAGCGCAAUUGACUUUCACCUCCCCGAGAGCAAUGUUUUUGAGCCAGGUCAUUGGGACCGCAAUAGGGUGCGUGACAGCUCCGAGCAGUUUCUUCCUAUUCUACAAGGCAUUUGAUGUCGGGAAUCCAUAUGGAGAAUUUAAAGCUCCUUAUGCCCUAAUUUACAGGAACAUGGCAAUUCUAGGUGUCGAGGGUUUCUCAGCUCUGCCCCAACAUUGCUUGCAGCUCUGCUAUGGCUUCUUUGCUUUUGCAAUAGCAAUUAACCUGGUGAGAGAUUUUUCACCGCAGAAGGUCGGACAAUGGAUGCCACUUCCUAUGGUCAUGGGCGUGCCGUUUCUCAUCGGUGCUUCCUUUGCAAUAGAUAUGGGUAUUGGAAGUUUGUUUGUUUUAAUAUGGCAUAAACGAAACACCAAGAAGGCUGAGCUGAUGGUUCCUGCUGUGGCCUCAGGAUUAAUCUGUGGAGAAGGGCUGUGGACUCUCCCUGAAGCUGUUCUUGCUAUAGCCCAAAUAAGGCCACCCAUCUGCAUGAAAUUUGUAGCUUCCUAG